AUGGAGGACAUUGUCUCACCCGCUGCGCCAAACACCCCAUACUUCACCCCGCUUCAGGUCCCGCCUGCGGGGACUGCAGUCGACGCGCAGCCCGAAGGGAAGCCGAUCCCAAAGCUCUUCCAGCCCAUCAAGAUCCGCGGUGUGCAGUUUCAAAAUCGCAUAAUGCUCUCGCCACUGGGACAAUCGUCCUCUCAUAAUGGCCAGCUCACGCCGUGGCACAGUGCACACUUGGGCGGAAUCCUCACGUAUGGCCCUGCUCUUACGUUCAUCGAAGCAACAGCCGUGCUCCCCGAAGGCCGCACCUCGCCGCAGGACAACGGGCUCUGGGACGACGCGCAGAUUGAGCCGCUGCGCAAGCUCGCCGAGUUCGCGCACGCCCAGAACCAGAAGCUCGGCAUCCAGCUCGGGCAUGCUGGGCGCAAGGCAUCGACCGUCGCGAAGUGGCUGCAUCCUGAGGCGGGCGCGAGCAUAGCGGUCGGCGGUUGGCCGGACGACGUCGUGUCCGCGUCCGCGGUGCCCUUCAGUGACAGCCUGGACUAUCCGAGGCCAAAGGCACUUGACGAGGCAGGUAUCAGGCGCAUCGUGCAAGGCUUCGUGGACGCAGCCGCGCGUGCAGUCAAGGCAGGUGUGGACGUGGUUGACGUUCACGGUGCCCACGGAUAUCUGCUGCACAACUUCAUGAGCCCUGUCUCGAACAAGCGCACCGACAAGUACGGCGGGAGCUUCGAGAACCGCAUCCACCUCACGCUGGAGGUCGUGGACGCCGUGCGCGCGGUCAUACCCACGGACAUGCCGCUAAUGUUCCGCGUAUCUGCCACAGACUGGCUGGAGGAAUUCGACGAACCGUCGUGGCAGCUGGAGGAUACCGUGAAUCUGGCUGAGAUUCUCGCCGAUCACGGUGUGGACCUUAUCGAUGUCUCUUCUGGGGGAACAGAUCGCAGACAGAAGAUCAAGUUCAUCGCGCCGGCGUAUCAGGCGCACUUUGCGGAGGCUGUCAAGAAGCGUGUCGGCGACAGGAUGCUCGUCGCAGGCGUCGGGGGUAUCAAGGAUGGACACAUCGCGCAGCACGUUCUGCAGGAGCAGGGCGUCGACAUGGUGCUAGUCGGCAGACAGUUCUUGAAGGACCACCAGAGUGUCUGGACCUUUGCCCAGCAGUUGGGGGUGGAGAUACAUCUGCCUAACCAAGUUGACUGGGUAUUCAAGGGACGUGGCAGUGCCAGGCGCAAGUGA